AGUACGUCAUCCGAUGCCGAGUCGCUGCCUCGGCCUCUUGUAGGCUUAGGGUAGAGCAAGACUUUGGCCUUUCCCUUUUGCCGUGCUGUGUCUUGGACCCAGGAGUACAGUCGUCGACGCAUAGCAGAUGUUAAUAUAUAGUUGUCGAAUAACUAAAAUAAGUGGAUGGAUGAAUAAAGUCUGGUCUGAGAAUUGGAGCCUGGGGUUUAAGCCCUCAGCUGGCCGUGUGAUCAUAGACAAGGGGCUUCAGCACCCCAGACUCCUCUUGUCCUUCCAUCUAUGUUAUUGAGUCCUUACCGGAAGUAAGGAUCUGUGCACAGACCACUUCUAUUUAUUCUACCCGUGGGGUGCCUACUCCUAAAGGGACAGUUCUUUUUUUUUUAAAAUUAUUUUUAUCAGUAUAUGUUUGCAGUACAUAAUGAUUGCAUUCAUCUUGGGGACACGGAGGGGGUAUAAUACAUCCGUGGGGACAGUUCUAAACUUACUGAUGUACAAAACAAAAUUUCUACCCAACUAAUUUACAUUCUAAUGGUUAAUGGGUGCCAGACCCAAAGUAAAAAGUAAAUUAGGUAGUAGUUACAGGUCCACGAUACUUUUUUCUCACUGAGGAGGUGAUGUUCGAACGGAGAUGUGGAUGAUGUGAUUCGGGAGUGAAUGCAGAUGCGAGGUCGUGGGGGCAGCAGUGGUAUUGCCACGUUUAGGGAAAAGCAGGGAAGCCGGUGUGAGCCAGGGGAGCUGGCCCGAGAGGGGAAUGGGGGGAGAUAGCCAAUCGUGUAGCGCCUCAUAGGCCCUGGUAAGAAGUUUGGUCUUCACUCUAUCUGAAAUGGAAGCCAUUGGAGGGUUUGAAGAGGAGGGGCAGGGGCUGGUUUAGAUUUUCAGUGGAUCCGCUUUCUGCUUUUUGAGAGCAGACUGUAGCAGGGAGAGUAGGAGUAGGAAUUCCAGUUAGGAGGUAACUGUGGUAGCUCGGGGGAACAGUGGAGCCCUAGACUAGGCUGGUGACAGGAUGUAGGGGCCGAGAACUCCACGGUUGAAAAACCCAGUAUCUCGGGCCAGAGGUUUAGCUCAGUGGUGCCAGCACCUACCUGGCAAGUGCAAGGUCCUCAGUUUGAUCUCCAGUUCAAAAAAACAAAACAAAACAACCCAGUAUCUCUCCUGGCCCGGUUCCAUAUUCGAUAUCAGCUUCUAGAUGAAAACCUUUGAGAAUAUUCUGACUAAGGAGCCAGGCCAGCUUCUCAUUUUCACUUUAUAAGUUGGUACCAGAUUAAGAACAUGAGCUUUAGAGCUGCAGAGUUGAGCUCUCCAAGGCUGCUGUCAAGAUGGAGUUUCUAGCCCAGUGAAUCCGAGGACCAGACUGUGAUCCCGUAAAGCAUGAUCUCCUUCUGUCCAGACUGUGGCAAAAGUAUUGAAGCAACAUUCAAAUUCUGUCCCUACUGUGGAAAACCUUUGCCUACGGAGGAGCAUGCAAAGUCCCCGACCUGUGUCAAGCAGCGGGAGUCAUCCUUGCGAGGCUCAAAGAGAGAGCGGAGCUCCAGUUCUGAAACCUCUCCCAAGAAAGUGAAAUGGUCAAACAUUGUCAUAUCUUCCCAGUCAUCCUUCCUCUCUGACAGUGGCAGUCCUCAGCCUGAAGAUGCUGUGAGUUCUUCUGAGAGACCCAAAAGGGCCAGGAGCAGAACCUCAACUCCCAAAAGCAGCCCUCAGUCCACCAAGCACAGCGCACAGACACUGAGGCGAAACUGGGCAACCAUCUCACUUGAAGCUUUGCCCUUGGGGACGGAGCUGACGGACAAGAAUGGGCAGCACUGGAGGCUGGGAACACUGCAGACCAGGGACAGCCAGGGCAUUCUCUACGCAGCCGAGCCCGCCUCUGUCCUCCCCUGUGACUCAGGGUCUCAGAAACACCAGUUCUCCAUCAAACUGGAUGCCAAAGACGGGCGCCUGUUCAAUGAGCAGAACUUCUUCCAGCGGGCUGCCAAGCCUCUGCAAGUGAACAAGUGGAAGAAGCUGUACUCGAUCCCGCUCCUGGCCGUUCCCACCUGUGUUGGUUUUGGCGUUCACCAGGACAAGUACAGGUUCUUGGUGUUCCCCAGCCUGGGGCAGAGCCUGCAGUCGGCCCUGGAUAAGAGCCCAAAGCAUGUGAUGCCGGAGAAGUGUGUGUUCCAGGUGGCCUGCAGGCUGCUGGAUGCCCUGGAAUUCCUCCAUGAAAAUGAGUACGUUCAUGGGAACCUGACAGCGGAGAAUGUCUUCCUGAAUCCAGAGGAUCUGAGCCAAGUGACCCUGGGAGGCUAUGGCUUCUCCUUCCGCUAUUGCCCAGGUGGCAGACACGUGGCCUACACAGAAGGCAGCAGGAGCCCACAUGAGGGGGACCUCGAGUUGAUUAGCGUGGACCUACAUAAAGGAUGUGGGCCCUCCCGCCGCAGUGACCUCCAGACCCUGGGCUACUGUAUGCUGAAGUGGCUUUACGGGUCCCUGCCGUGGACAAACUGCCUGCCCAACACCGAGGAGAUCGUGAAGCAGAAGCAGAAGUAUGUUGACAACCCAGAGCCACUCGUGGGACUGUGCAGUCACCGCAUUAGAUCCUCAGAGGCGCUGCAGCAGUACCUGAAGGCGGUGAUGGCCCUGAAGUAUGAGGAGAAGCCGCCCUACACCAUGCUGAGGAACGGUCUGGAAGCCCUGCUGCAGGAUCUGCGGGCGUCGGCCUAUGACCCCCUCAACCUCCAGCUGGUGCCCUAGGCGGAGCCCAGAACUUCCACCCUGCAGUUUGAAAUAGAAACAGAAAUGAAGCAAUGUGAGUCAAGGCCUGCUGUUCUAGAAAGAUCCCUGGAAUGUGCAUCCCGCCCCUUCCCCAGUGCCGAUCCAUUCGGGGCCCUGAAGAUGUGAAGCUCCCCUUCUCAGCAGCCGCCGGGGCUGAGGAUGAAGACUCCCAACUCAGCGCGCUGCCCCUUCCUGAGACCUUCCUGGUCCCACUGUGCUUUAAUAGUAAGCCAUUUUCUUGAGCACUGGGUCUUUCAUUCAUUUAUUCCAACUUCUCCACCCUGGCAGAACAUGGUUACAGCCCAGGCUUCGUGGGAGUCUGAGGUGAGGGAAUCACUGAGCCCGAGUUUGAGGUCAGCCUGGGCCACACAGACCCCAUCUCAAUGAAGACAACGUUCCCAUCUGUUCAUUCCGACUUUAAUGCACGUCCAUAUCCGUUUAGUGUCGUUUGUCCAUCCAUCCACCCUCCGGUCCGUCUUGCACCAACCCACCCUCCCUCUCAUUCAUGUCUGUAGACUCCUGCAUCACCCCCAGCCCUCCAUCCUUCCAUUCAACCAUCCAUGCGUCCACUUCCUUGUUCUUCUGCUCCCUUACCCUUUCUCUCUUUCAUACAUUCACCCUUCCUUUCAUUCACGAAGUACUCAUCAGGGGUUUUGUGUUGGUGAGUUUUCCACCACUGCGAUGCAGUGCCUGAGGCCGGCUGCAGGAGAAGAGGUUCGCUGGGCUCCCAGUUCUCAAGGUUCACAGGCGUGGUGCCAGCUCACGGCAGAGGGCAGAACCAUCAUAAAACAAAGUCAGAGGUGACUCAGCAGUCCGGCUUUAUAGCAACUUGCUCUCGGGGAAGUAACUCCAGGUCCCCCAAGACCUCCCUCCAUCCCUUCCCAUGUCCCGCUCCAGUGACCUAAGUACCCCGCCUCUUGACCUCGCCACGCUGGGCACACAGGGACACACGAUACCAGACACCACGUUGGAGCCACAGCAGGCCCUGUGAGGAGAGCACGGCAGCUGGAAGAGGCCGAGAAGGCAAGACCCGCUGCAGUCCAGGAGCUGGUGCUGCAGUCCAGGAGCUGGUGCUGCAGUCCAGGAGCUGGUGCGGAUAAAGGAGACCACACUUCCCUUCACGCGGGCUGGGGAAGCUCAGGGCGCGCAGGGAUGGAAGGCGCUGGGUUCCUUGGGGAGAUGUGGACACAGGGCAGUGGAGCUGGGAGGCUGUAGCCGGGUUCCCUGUGUGUGUGAGGUGUUGGCUGGGCGGUGGGGCAGAGAGGAGAAGGGAGAGCCAGGAGGGUAGGGUCAGCAGUUGGUGGGUGAUUAGGUUGGAGGUGGAAUGAAGGAAUGGGUGGAGACGACCCCACCUCGGGGUUUUUCAUUUUGACAGACGGGUUUUCUAACCGGUGGACGUAGACGCCAAUACUGUAGCACCAGUGUUUUGCAAAAAAGAUUUGAAAAAAAAAUACUGAAAACCGAUCAUCAGAGAUUCAUUUUAAAGCUCAACUCCGCGUAAUCAGUAGGUGUUAGAGGGAUUUAUAGGACAGGAAGGAGGAGGAGCUGCCUGUUGGUGGCCGAGGAGCAGGGGAAGUUACUGAGUCCUUGCGCGGCACCAAGGUCACUGCACAUGUGCGAAGGCCGCGUGCUGCUGGGCUCGAGCUGGUAGCGGAAAUGCCCUUGACCCAGCGAGCUGCUGCUUCCGCUCGUGCCCGUCUUUCAAAGGUCAGCUUCACUGCCCUUGAGUGGGAUCUGGGGGCAUUUUCUGGAAAAAAAAAAAAAAAAAGCUAAGCAAAUUGCUGUGUAAGGAAUUUGUGUCCUGGUGUGUCUUUUUUUUUUUUUUUUAAGUUUCCUUUACUCUUAGUCCCUGUUUGCAGUACACGGUGAUCGCGUUCCUUGUGUGGAGUCGUUGCAGGGACAGCACCUCAGUUCUCCUCAUAGCCUGUUCCUUUCCCCUGCCGCCUCUCCUCUAUCUCUUGAUCCCCUUCACUUUUGCGAAAGAUCUUACCUUUCUGUUCCCUGUCAUCUUCCUAUCAUCUAU